UUUGACACUUUCCUCGCGACUCUCCAAAUCACACAGCCCUCACAGCUUCACCGAAUUCCUCUUUUCUUUGCCUGUCCUCGUCCAACGACGGGAAUCUCUGGCCGAAGCGGAGCAGAUGGCUUCCCGGGGCCUGCUUCUCUCGCCGUCAUGGCGCGCGGCCUCGACCGCCGCCCUGAGGCCGGCGGCGAGAUACAGCAGCUCCACCUCGGCCAUUGCCUACAAGGCCCUGCGCCGCCGCCAAGCCCCGCUCCCCGUGAGCGACGCCACGCCGUCAUGGUCAGCUCAGGCAGCCGUGUCCAACAUCCUCUACGAGACCCCGACCCCGUCCAUGGUGCCCCCGAAAAGGCACGUCCUCAACUGCCUCGUCCAGAACGAACCCGGAGUGCUCUCGCGCGUGUCGGGCAUCCUGGCCGCGCGCGGCUUCAACAUCGACUCCCUCGUCGUUUGCAGCACCGAGGUCGAGGACCUGUCGCGCAUGACCAUUGUCCUCACCGGCCAGGACGGCGUGGUCGAGCAGGCGAGGCGGCAGCUGGAGGAUCUAGUCCCAGUGUGGGCCGUUCUGGACUACACCAAUGCGGCGCUUGUCCAGCGCGAGCUUCUGCUCGCCAAGAUCAACAUCCUGGGCCCUGAGUACUUCGAGGAGCUCCUCGCCCAUCACCGCGAGAUCACCGCCGCCGAGCCCGACAUCACCGGGGUGCAGGAUGCGUCGGAGCAGACGUUGGCGGAGCUGGCACGGGACUUUCAUCCCCGCAAGCUGGCGACGAGCGAGGCGCUCAGGCAUAAACACGAGCACCUCAAGAGCAUCACCUACUUCACGCACCAGUUCGGAGGCAAGGUUCUGGACAUCAGCACCAACAGCUGCAUAGUUGAAAUCUCCGCCAAGCCUUCCAGGAUUCAGUCCUUCCUGAAACUCAUCGAGCCGUUUGGAAUUCUGGAGUCGGCCAGGACCGGACUUAUGGCUCUUCCUAGGUCUCCCCUGUAUGGAGCCGAGGACGAGGCUCUCAUCAAGGAGGCGGACGAUGUUGUCGACGCGAGCCAGCUUCCUCCUGGAUAAAUUCGCGCGGAAGUGCAGCGUGUUUAUCUGGUUGACAUGUACCUAUUCAAGUUAGCCGGCAACCAAUGUAGCGCCGUGAUCUAUGAUGUAGGCAGUUCCGCUGGUGGUUUACUCGCCUAUGCAUGACCCCGACAUUCUUCCGCCAAAUUGGGCGCACACAUGACGCUCACUUAUUGAGCACAAUACUGUCCAGCUCAAGCUAUGCUAUGCAUGCCAUAUUACAGUUCACCAGUACAAUCGACCGUCGGCCCGAGUUCGGCUAAGAUCCGCACAAAUGAGCAAACCC